UCGACAUGGUGAUAUGAACCGAAGAGGAAGAAGAGCAUAAGAGAGAGAGUGAAGAAGAAAGUGAAGAGAAGGAAGAUAGAUGUUACAGAAGUAGGAGCAGUGGUGGCGGUGAAGCCAUUCUUGGGCGCCAUUGUCAGAAAAAUAUUAUCCAUUAAUUAUAUCUAAAAUUCGGAACGUGGUAGAAGACACGUUAGCUUACAAAGCCAAAAACGCAGACUACACAGAGACGAGUGGUUUCAGAAGCUCACAAAAUCUCUUACCAAUUUUCUUUUCAAUAUUAUUUUUCUUAACACAAAAAAAAGAAGUACACUCGAAAUCUCUUCGUUCGUAAUCCCAACUCCUUCGAAUCGCUACCAAAUCACCCAAUGCCACACCUCCUCCAAUCUUCGCUUUCUCUCCCUCCGUUUCCCGCCAAUUUCUCCAAACCACACUCCCUCCGCCACCGAUCGCCGCCCUCUCAAUCCAUCGUUCUCCCUCGCUCCCGCCGCCGCCUCCGCUCCUUUCUCCGGCCAGCCUCUGCUUCCGGAGAUGUCGACGCCUUCACGGAAAAGUCUGGUUACCUCUUCGAGCUUAGCGUGUCCGAGGCCGAUUCUUUGGCCGCGUACGAUAUCUCCAAAAUCGCCGAUAUAUUCAAACGCAGGCCGUUCCUUGUCGCUCGUCGACUAUUCCAGAUUGGUACCACUUUCGGCAAGUGGUUCGCGCUUCGCUACGUUGAUAGCCUCAUGGAGCGGUCCGAUCAAAUGUUCGAGGUUAGAGCUGCAGAACUUCGGAAAAUAUUGGUAGAACUUGGCCCGGCAUAUAUCAAAAUUGCUCAGGCAGUCUCUUCUCGAGCUGAUUUGAUUCCACCGUCAUAUUUGGAAGAGCUUUCGCUGUUGCAAGAUCAAAUAUCUCCCUUCUCUACUCAAGAUGCUAUCACCAUAAUAGAGCAAGAGCUUGGUUUACAGAUAGAUGAUAUCUUUUCAGAGAUUUCACCAGAGCCUGUAGCUGCAGCAUCCCUGGGGCAGGUUUAUCAAGCUAGGCUUCUCCAAAAGGGACAGCUUGUUGCAGUCAAAGUACAACGGCCUGGAGUACAAGCUGCUAUUUCCUUAGAUAUAUUAAUAUUGCGUUACCUUGCAAGACUGAUAAAAAGAGCAGGAAAAUUGAAUACAGAUCUUCAGGCAGUUGUUGAUGAGUGGGCAUCAAGUCUUUUUCGGGAGAUGGACUAUAGGCAAGAAGCGCAGAAUGGUGUCAAGUUUAGACAGCUGUAUGGUAAUAUACCUGAUGUUGUGGUACCAGAAAUGUAUGUGGGACUAACAACACGCCGGGUUCUAAUUAUGGAGUGGGUGGAGGGGCAAAAGCUGUCAGGUGUGAAGGAUCUGUCCUUGAUUGAGGUGGGAGUUUACUGCUCGUUCAAUCAACUUUUAGAGUAUGGCUUCUACCAUGCAGAUCCACACCCUGGAAACCUUCUUCGAACAAAUGAUGGAAAACUUGCCUAUAUAGAUUUUGGUAUGAUGGGUGAAUUUAAACAAGAACUCCGUGAUGGCUUCAUUGAAGCUUGUUUACACCUUGUAAACCGUGACUUUGAAUCAUUGGCUAGGGACUUCAUCACACUAGGCCUUAUACCACCAACUGCAGACAAAGUGGCUGUAACAAAGGCUUUAACAGGUGUUUUCCAAAAUGCUGUUGCGAAAGGUGUGAGCAAUGUUAGUUUCAGUGACCUCUCAGGAAACUUAGGAGUCACUAUGUAUAAGUUCAAAUUCAGAAUUCCUUCAUAUUUUUCUCUUGUCAUUCGAAGGUACCGAAAUGUCUUUGAAAUGUCUAAUGGACCUCGUUUGCUGUUACCUUAUCACCUUGCUGUAUUGGAAGGAAUUGCCAUCAGUUCCAAUCCAGAUUAUAAAGUUUUAGGCAGUACAUACCCCUGGAUUGCUAGAAAGGUACUAACUGAUAGCUCACCCAAGUUGAAGUCAUCUUUGCAAUCACUUCUUUAUAAGGAAGGUGUUUUUAGAAUUGAUCGAUUGGAGUCUCUUCUAUCUGAGUCCCUUCGUGCCAGAACAGGAAAGGACUUGGUUCAGAAUCAAAAAGGUGCUGAUUCCAGGGUGGUUAUCAAGCAAGUCCUUUCCUUUAUGCUAACUGAAAAGGGUUCUUUUGUGAGGGAUAUGCUACUUCAAGAAUUGGCAAAGGGAUUAGACGCACUUGGGCUAGCUUUAUCUUCUGCAGCAACUGCAAGGCUCCCUCUUGGUAUAACUUUAUCAUCAUCCAGAAUGACAGAGGAAGAUAAAACUAACUUGAGAACCUUGUAUCGCCUUUUGCUACUGAUGUCGAAGGUUCAAGAAACAGGCAACUCGAGGAGGGGAGUUGGAGUUGGAGUUGGCCAACAAAAGAAUGAAGAAAUAAACUUGGAGGAUGUCUCAUCAGUGUUGAAUCAACUUGCUUCCAUUGAUGAGGUUCUACCUAUCCUUUCCAUUAUUCCCGAGCUUCCACCUGAAUCACAACAGCGGUUGCUAAAUCUUCCGGUGGAUCUAUCAGGGCGGUUAAUUUCGCGGGCCGCCGCAAGGACUAUCAGAAGAGUUUUUGUAUAGUGUUUUUUUCAUAUUGGUUACUAGCUUUUCUUGGUUCCAUUUCAUAAACCUCAUUGGGUUCAUCAAAGUAUGUGCAAGUGUUUUUGUACAGCUUCUUCGUUAUCUUUUCCAUAAUACAAAAUAUUAUUAUUUCCCACA